AUGCAGUAUCAACUGCAGAUUAAACCAUCCGCAAAGCAAACAAACUGCGAGUUAAUUGUCUUCGGAGAAGUACAACGCGCCGCGCGAUGCGAUAACGAUAAGCGGAAAAAUGUUACCCCGCACUCGAUAUCUCCGAAAAACUUCUCGAGUUUCGAGAGACAAGCGAAGAUGUUGGCCAAUAUCGCGAGAUCAGGAUGGAAAUUACCAUUGCAACCGCUCGGUCCGUUUGUACGAUAUGCUUCUUUGAAUUCGGCUAUUGGAAGAGGAAUUCGCAGGGAAGCAGGGUACUCGGAUGAGAGAGAUGGACGAGAGAGUGAGAGACGAGGCCGCGAUUCUCGAUUUUCAAAAGACCAAUACGAGCCCCGAAAAUACGGCAAACGACAGUACGCGGAAUCAAACGAUUCAAAUUCAAAUCGCAGGCAAACCUUCCGGCAAUCCAAUGACUCCCCUUUUACACCACGAGCGCGAUCUGAGCCGUUCCCCGAUUCACCUCGAAAUGAUCAAGGCCGACGAUUUUCACGACGAGACAAAUCUGCUUACAAUGAAUUCGAUCAAGACGAGUUUAUUCGAACGGGCAGCUUCCAAGGCCUACCUCGUGAACACCAGUCACGAUUCCGCGAACGCGAGCCCCGUCGUGACCGUGAUACCCCAUUCGGUGAACGCAAGCCUACAUUUAGAGAACAUGAAUCUCAAUUUCGUGAUCGCGAGCCAAGAUUUGACCGGCGUCAAGAUGCAAGCUUUGGAAGACAAUCCAGAGACAGGCCCGAGGCACCCAAGGAGAAAGAAUCCAAGUCUCGAGCACACAAGGUUACUCGCGGAAUGCCGGAGCGAGUGAAAGAGAACGUCAAAGUUCCGGACACGGUUCCCUAUACUACACCAGCCUCGGAGUUCAUCUAUGGAACCAGUGCCGUGGAAGCGGCACUGCGUUGUAGCCGACGUCAACUAUACAAACUCUACAUCUAUCAAGCGGCAGAGGAGGAGCUAAGCGCAGGGAAGGUCACGAUUCGCAAACUAGCACUGUCCAAGAACGUUGGAGUCAAGAUGGCAUUUGCAGGAUGGGACCGACUUAUGGAUAAGAUGAGUGCAGGGCGACCCCACAAUGGCUGCAUUCUAGAGGCAUCACCCUUGCCCAAGCUGCCCGUGCGUGGCUUCCAGGCCGUUGAUUCUAUAUCCGAAGAGAACUUCCGGGUCGAGCUGGCACCCCAGACUCGGGAAGAAGCUGCGGUAAAUGGCACGGACGAUCGCGUCCCGAUCCAUCAACCUCCACCCCCGCAUGAGGGCCAGCGAUACCCAGUCGCAUUGUUGUUGGAUGGAGUCGUCGAUCCUGGUAAUAUGGGCGCUAUCAUCCGCUCGUCCUAUUUUCUGGGAAUCGAUGCUAUCGUCUUGGCGGGCCGAAACUCCGCGCCUCUGUCCCCUGUGACGAUCAAGGCGUCUGCUGGUGCAGCCGAAAACAUGCCCAUUCUGCAUGUGCGAAAUGAAGUUGACUUCAUUCAACGCUCGCAGAAGAAUGGCUGGAAAUUCUACGCUGCUGAUGCGCUCGGGCCCGGAUCUGUCUCUAUGGACGCGUCCAGUGGCAAUCUACCAAUCAUGACCUCUCCCAGCGUGGUGAUGAUGGGCAGUGAGGGGUCUGGAUUAAGCUCGCAUAUCAAGUCGCACGCGGAUGCAACGGUCAGCAUUCCGGGCGCUCGUCAUAGCCCCGUGCUUGGUGUUCAAUCGGACCCUGCCCGUAUCGACAGUCUAAAUGUGAGUGUUGCCGCGGCGCUCUUGAUGGAGAAGUUCCUACAAACCCCACUUGCAGUGGCGGAAACACCGAAGAGGGAGAAGAAGGAGACUGUCAAGAUGUGGUGA